AUGGCGGAGUCAUACUGGUACCGCUCUAUAUACAAGGGCCGAACCACCCGGAACUCGACACCGCAGCGUUCGCCCGGGCAAACUCCAUAUACUAAAGCUAAUGCGAGUAUGAGGAGACUCAGAUCCAGCAUCGAUAUGGAGCCCUUGGAUAUCCUGGACUCAAGAACGGAUACAGCCAGGCCAUACCCACCUACCAAGGAGCUAAACGAUGGGCAAAAGGUUCUGGACUCGUUCGUCGAUCUACUGGAGUCCGCCCGAGAGGAUAUGGCAGAAGAGCUUUCUGCAGCAAUCUCAAGCACUGAGGACUCCAUGAAAACUCGCCUCGAUGAGAUGGCUACAGCAUACGCUAACAGGACAGACGAAUUCCAGGCUAACUACACGAAGGUGUUAAGCCGUAUCGGGGCGUCAGCUCCAGGAGAGAGUACUGCUGGGGGUCAAUCUGCGGAGUUAGAUUCAGCAGAGGUGUUCUGCUUUGAUCGAGCCGCAUUCUCGAGUAAACUAGAGGCCGAAAAACGUUCUCUCGAGCGAUUGUGGAGCGAAUGGGAGAAAGUACAGCAGAAAAUAAUCUGUCUUGCUGUUGAGGUUCUUGGAGUGAAAAGGGCCGGUAUCAUAAAAGACCCGAAGAAGAAGGCGAUGAAGAAGAGACUGAACCGUGCUGCUGCUUUAUUCGAGAAGCAGCAGUCUGAGCAGGGAGCUAUGCGGGGCGAGCUGCAAAAGCAGCAUCAAGCGAUUACGUUGUUGGCGGAAAAUUCGGUAAAACAAUUGAAAGCCCGUCAGAAGAAAUCUAUGGACCAGAGAAAGAGACAGCGCGAGGAAGUCUGCCAACUUGCAAAGAGGAUGCUAGCACAUGUUUAA